UGCUGCAUCCAAAAGGCAAAUCGGAUUCAUGCCUUAUAAAUUGAGUCGCAGCAUUUUGAGGGGCUGCCCGAGAGCCCACAGUAAAGCCACAAGCCGGGAGUAACGCCUCCGUUUGCGCAAAAACUGCUCAAAAAUACAUCUGUCGAGGGCGGAAUGCCGUCGGAAACGGUGCGAUCAAGCAGGUCGACGGUCUACGAUGCUGUAGCAGGACGAGUCACGCAGUCGGGGGUGUACGAACCAACAGCAACUGAGCAGAAGCGCGCAACACUACGGCUGCGCCCGGACGAAGUCCUUUUCAAGCAACGACGCGCUCCGCCGCGAUACGAAGAGGCAGACUAUUACUUUGCUCACCGAAAGCUUCCUUCCAGCCAGGCGUUGCCCUCCAGCGACCUGUUGAGCGCGCUUCAUGAAUACAUCGCGCAACUGUAUGACUGUAACUUUUCACAAGACAGAAAAGAAUCGGGUUCCUGGAAGAGCAUGGAUGAGACGGCGUUGAUUGCGUUUGGUGUCCUGUUGGAAGAGGCUAUGAAAGCAACCUUGGGAGAGAGGGGCCAUCUUGCUCUGGUCGAAGCCGAGGGGAGCCAAGAGGACGAGACGUUUGUGAAAAACGCGAGAGUCAAGGAGGAAGAGGACGGAAGAGGACGGAGAGGAAGAGGACGAGACAUUUGCUAGGCCAUUCCGGAUUAAGGAGGAGGAGGAGUUGCUGGACGAUGUGCAAAUGCCUCUUCCGGACAAAUUGGGUUAAGAGAUACUAAGCAGAGCGACAUGUCACUUCCAGUGAAAUACGAUGCUCACGAUAUGUGUGAUGGGUUCGCGCACGGGCGCUCGACGUAGGCUAGCUUGUGGGCAUGU